GACCGUAAUAUAUAAUAUGAAUUAUUUAGUAUCGAGUAUUCGAGUAUCGACCGUAGAGUAAGAAUAUCGACCGAGACCAAUCUAUCAUAAGGUUUUCUGUAUUUUGAGAAUCACGGCAUCGUUUUAAAUUAUUUUCCGUUCCGUCUACAUCAAUAUCACGUUUACUCUUUAGUCGUCGUCGUGAUUUCUCGCCAAUACACGACGACCCCCGAUAGGGGUGGUUUAAACCGACGUCGGUAAUCUUCUGUGUUACCGGAUCUUGGUGACCGACUUCGGUCGAUAUUGUCAUAAUGGACUGCAUGCGUCAACAAAUACAGAAGUCCUCGGACAACAGUGGUAGCUGAUCGGCGUCGGGAUAAGACUGGUAUACAGAAGACCUCAGACAUCAACGACAAUGGCAGAAGGUGACAAACUGGAGCACCAGUGUCUACAAAAAGAAUUCGAGUGGGUGCUGAAUGAAGAGGUGCACUCAAUAUUACACCAGUUGAAUAUCAUACUCAAUGAAUGCGUACGACGUUUUCCAUCAUGGGACAGUGAUGUCCAGGUUAAGCAAGAGAAAUUUGUCUUGUCUACAUCACCAGACCAGUUGAAAAGCAUUGUUUCCAUAUCUGGUGACACCAUACUACAAGCGGAUAUACAGUUUAAAGUACAGAGACAUCAGCAGCAAAUAAUGUACCGAACAAACAUCCGCCAUGACUGUCCAUGGAAAUUGCAUCAAGUUCAAGAUGCAGGCAAUCAUUUAAGACAAGCUAUUUUACAAAUUGAAAAAAUAGACAAGGAAACUAUUUUCAAUUCCUCAGAAGAAGUAUUGCAUAUUCUGCGAAAUUUAUUGGGAUGUUUGCAAAGAGGUCGUACUAGUCUAAUAGUCCCACGUAAACGGACAAUUGAUGAUUUGAUUAAAAGCAGAAACAUGAAGUGUUUGACACCCAACUUACCAGAAGAUUUGGCAAUUAGUUUUUACAUACAGAGUCAUAAGCUAAUAUUUGCUGUUUACCAAUUGUCCAAUUCUCACGGUGCAAUGAAGUAUGACACAUAUCAAGCUGAAUGUACAGUACCGUGGUUAAACGAAGUCCUUGUCCUUUUCACGGUUGCUUUACAGUUAGCCCAGCAACUCAAAGACAAGAUCUGCGUGUUUACCCAGUACAGAGAUAUUACUCAAUUGUCACGACCAGUUUCUAGCAUUGCGAUACAGUCAUAAGUAUUCGUCGAUUUUUUUUUUUUUAAUUAGAUUCUAUUAUUUAAUACAAUCAGGUGAUCAAAUAUGAAGAAUGUAAAUAAUAUACAAUCGUAUAUUUUGUUUGUUACCGAUUAUCUUCAACAAUCUUUUUCCAGCAAUAAUUUAUAGCUUUAAGCUUUUUAAAAUAUAUAUUUUACAUUAUAUUAUAAUUACAUGUAAUAGUUUUCAUGUAAUUAAGACGGAACAUUUUUUAUGAAAUUUCAUUACGAAUGUUAUUUCCCGUAUCCAUUAUACGACAACAGUAUUGUUUUUAUUAUUAAAAAUUGUAAUAGUUUUAAUUUUCUCUACCAUUUAUAAUAGAUGUCAGUUUUUUGUUUUAUUUAAUUUAUUUAUUUAAAUUACUGUUUUUUAACACUCAUACCUUUUGUGUAGUGGCGGUGAUAUGAUAACUAUGCAAGUAUUCUUUUUAUUUGUAAGUUAUUUUAUGUAUAAUAUAAUAAAAUAUACUUUGUACCCUAAGUUAAAUUAAAUUUAAACAUUUUAGGACAAUAAUUUGAUCUGAUUACUAUAAUAAUUUAGUUUAAUAGAAUAUGCUCAUGUUCUAGUUUUAUAUACUAUAUUCACACGAUUUAUGUGUUUAGAACAUUUGUUCAUUUAUUUUUCUUUAAUAUUUUAUAUUAUUAUAUUUAAUUCAAUACCAGUUGAUAGGUUAAUUAUUAUCAAUUGACAAUUGUUUUAAAUCACGUACAUUAGCUGUACAUUAUUUAUGUAAUCAUGAAACUAGUAAUUAUUUAUUUAAGUUGUUGAACGUUUUUUUGAAAAAAUAUACUAUUUGUAUUACACUAAUUACAAAUAAAUGCAAAAAAAAAUAUA